AUGUCACCGAGACCUAUGAGGGAGACUCGGGGGUCCGUCAAAGAUGAAGACACACCGGGAAGCAAACGCAAACGACAGGCAUCCACAGAUAUUCCUCUAAAAUUCGUCCUUUCCUCCCCGUCCUCUCUUGCAAAAGCGACUUCGACCUCCCCCCAGAAAACACAUGGUGAUUCUGAACACGAAUCUAAGAGGCAGAAAUUGUCAUUAAAGCUGAAUGUGGUAUCCGAAAAGCCGAAAAAAAUCGAGGAGCAAGCCAAAGGCGCUCUUGACAAGACAGUCCGAGAGUCUCUUUCGGUCGUCAUUGCACAGUGA